AUGGACGAGAACAUUGGCCCUCGUCCCUCGGGUUCGCACGCCGCCCUGCCGGCGGCGGCGGCAUCCCACCUGCUCGCCAACUUUAUGCCAUACGAGCCCAUCUCCCGAGCCACCUCCCCCGGCAUCCCCUGCUCCAAGUCCGACGAAGACGAUAAGAAACGCUACCGACCCCGCACCUUUGCCUACUUCCAGCAGCUCCCUUUCCAGGUCGAGGAGGAAGCUCAGCGUGAUGCUGCCCUGCAGGGGAUUCUGAAGCAGCUCUACAUCGCCAUCAAGGCCGAAGACUUCUCUCCCGGUGCCCUCCAUUGGACCCGAGAGCUGCAAGGAUGGCUCAAUCUCAAGUUUGAGAUGACGAGGGAGCUUAGGGCGAAGCUCGCUAAGCUUUACUACUCCCUCGCCCUCGCCCCAGGCCUGGAUGCCACCGCUGCAGACCGAUUCUUGCGUAUGGUGUUGACCCUGACGAGGAAAAACCACUACCUCAAGCCCGGCGAGGACCUCACGCUCGACUGGCGCCCGCUCUGGAACGAAAUCAAGGCCUGGGUCCUGCCUUCUGAGGUCCCCGCCCACCAGAGCAACCGAAGACGAUCGACGAAGCAGCUCCUAAAGCUGUGCACCCACGCCCAUAUAUAUUUUGAUCCCGCCGAUCGUCGGGCGAUGCUGGAAGAGUUCUUGCCCUUUUUCAGCGUGAAUGAGUUGCCAAAUGCCUUCAUCGUCGUGGGUAUUCUCAAUUCGUUGCUGCCCAGCCAUCCAGCACCCGUGCACAAGCACCAGUCACAGCCAAACGAUUUCUUUCCUACCCUCUUCCACCUUUGGUCGAUUAUCAACCGCUCUAAAGCAUUCGAUGUCUUUUUUAUCGACCUCUUUUCCCGCAUGGCCAGAGACCACAUGCAUUGUUCUUACGUUCCGUUUGCCGCCCAUGGAAUAUUUACCAAGGACCAGUCCGAUCUGAUCUUCACGGCCAUUCUGCGAUUGACCCAGAUCCCCGUUGGUCAAGCGAAUUCCCCCUACACCCCCCUCGAUUAUCUUUCAGGGGCUGGUGUCUACGUGGAGAAAGAUAAAAAGAAGUACCCUGUGGCGUAUAUGGUUGCUCGUUUGAUCGUAAGCUCCCUCUCCCCCGCCACAUUGGGCGAGGAAGACUCUAUUAUGUCCAGCCUGGAAGGAUUCAUGGAAUCUAUUGACACCUUCUUCCACCCCUCCAAUCAAGGCGCGUGGACCACUAUGCUGGGACAGCUUACGCUGUACCUAACCGAGGCAUUUGUCUCGCGAUGGAACCGCGAGCAGAGUGGUGAGCUCGACACCCCCCAGGAGCGGAGGAUCAACGACGAACUCAAGAAGCGAUUUGUGUCGUCGUUGAAGGAAGUUACAUUUAUGGGCUUGUUCUCAAAGAGCACUAGGGUAUCGUACUACUACUAUAGCGCACUGCAGGGACUUGCCUAUCUCGAACCUGAUUUGGUUCUGCCCGGCGCUUUGCAGCGCUUUUACCCAAGCCUUCAGGGCUUGGUCGAAGUCCACAGAACUACCUCUAGUCUGAAUGGACUUCAGAUGAUCGCCAACGUCAUGUCCAAGCUCAAGGGAUACCGCUGUCACAUCACGGCUCUCUUGGCUCUUGCCCUGCCGGGUAUCGAUGCCAAUGAUCUUAACAAGACACAGUACACUCUCAACUUUAUCCAGAGUGUCGCCUUCAGCAUUCCUAUGGUGACGUUGAGCAAGGAAGGUAGCCAUAUCCACGACACAACGCUAGCCAUGCAGUGGGUUCAGGGUGAAAUGGACCGCAUGGAGCGGGAUGGUCAGAAUGUCAAGAUCGACUACAAUAACGAGCUGAGUGACGAGGAUGAGGCCAACAUUUUGAGAUCCUCGACAACCGGGUUUGGAGAGUUCAUCUUAACCCUCCUGGGUAAGGUGUUCACCCUCUUGGAAAACCUGCCGGACGCCAAUCAGGUCCGAGGAGGUACUCCCGAAGAUAAUGUCAUCAAUGCCCUGCCUGCGGCAUUGUCGCCGCUGUUCGCGUCCUUGUCGCCAGAGCUCUUUGACAUGGCCCUAGACAAGGUUGCGUCUUUUGUUUCGAGCCAUGUCGUCCACCAGGCUCGGGAUGCGAUGGCCUGGAUUCUCAACGCUCUGUGCAAAGUCAACCCCGAGAAGACUUUGAAGGUUUUCAUCCCCAUGCUAGUUGUCAACAUUCGAAACGAAAUUGACUUCAACAACGCCGCUUCUGAUCGAAGCAGUGGGACAGAUUACCUACCCCGAGACCGUGCCCUUGUGUGGUAUGUCAGCAUGCUAGCAAUGGCAGUUGUCCACGUUGGAAGCGAGGUGCUCAAGUACAAGGAAGAACUACUGGGAAUCGCACGGUACAUGCAAGAGAAGUGCCGCGGCCUGCCAACCAUUCUUAUCUCCAACUUCAUCCACCAUCUUCUCCUGAACUUGACUCAUACAUACCCAAUCGACCACGCACUGUACGAGCCCGAUGUUGUCAAGCGUGGUAUCGAUGUUGAUGACUGGGGCAAGACUACGGCGCCAGCCGAUCUCACCAUCCGGUGGCAUCAGCCCUCCCCUGCUGAGAUUGAUUUUGCUGUUGAGCUCUUCGCAUCGCAGACUAGCUCGGCGAAGGAGCAGCUAGAGCUUUUGAUGAGCGACAACCCGCCAGUGAGCAGAAAGGGAAAGAAUAAGGUCUGGUCCGACGAGGUUUCCAGGCUUAUGCAGCAGAUCCGCCUGGUCACGUCUGGAAUGGCAACCAUGUUCGACCCAGAGCGUGCCGCGGGGGUCACCAAUGGUGUCACAGCCGAGGAGUAUGAUGUCGGUGACGAUGACGAGAUGAUGAUUGAUGAGGAAGAGGACCCUCUUGCCGAGGUUGCUGAGGACGAGGAGCUCCGACCCCAGUUUCGCUACAAGGCAGGAUAUGUGCUCAAAUCCAGUGAUCCCGCCUACGGCAAGAUCCAUGAUCUUCGGGAUGAGUUGGGCCAUCUCCUCACCAAGACACAUUCCUUCCUCAAUGCGAACCAGGAGGAUGAUGUGAACUGCUUCACUGCGCUGUAUGCCGCUUACCGCACUUGGAUCACCGAUGUCGGUAUUGAACGUUCAGCCCACCCCCUUGAAAGGCACUUGAGACUGUAUAAGGCAGACAUCUCCGCUUUUAAGAUCAAGGGUCUAAGAAAGGUGUACCCUCGCCCUUUGCUUAUCAAGAGAGCCGAAGCAUACCAGCUCCUGCGCCGCAAACACAAUGCGUCUGCAAGGCAGAAGAGCGAGUUGGACAAACAACUUUUGCUCGACCUCGCCGAGUCCUGCCUGUCACUGUACGCUGAUGUUCGGCGAGUGGCACAGAGCGCUCAGGACUCGUCGCUGAAGGCACUUAUCGGAGGCAAACCCUUGGUGAUUCCAGUUAUCCUGGCAAAGUGGCGACACGCCAUUGAGACCAAUGAUCAUGAUCGGAUCAAGGGUGGAAUGUAUACCUUGCUUUUCACAUCUCUGAUCAAGACUAUGCUCAAGGACUGGCGCUUUGCUCCCGAGGCCAUGCGACUGUACAUUAAGACGGCUGGUAUCGACAAGCCGUCCAUUCAAAAUCUGGGCUCCUCUGCGCUAUACACGCUGAUUGAUUUCGGGAAGCCCUUUGAACGGAUGAUCAUCGUGGAUGAUACUGUCGUGAGCACGAUUAAGCCAGCAGAGGAAGUCUCCACUGCAAUUGAUUCUCGCCAUCAGUUCAUCCUUCAACGCCGAAGUAGAGUGGAGGAUUCCAAGGCCAACCUCGGCCUGGAGCUUACACGACUGGCUAAGGGUGCACACUGGAAAAUUGCUACACGCUGCGCUAUCUUCGCUACGAACUUGUGUCUGCGAUUUGUUGGUGUAGCCCCCGCCGAGUUCGUUGACCUCGUUGCCCACGGCACAAAUGACCCUCACCCUGGCCUGAGAGGCUAUUAUCUCAAUGCGUUUACCUCGGUUUUCACUGCAAUCGACAUGCGUGCGGUCUAUGGCCACGAGUACCGCAACUAUCUUCUUGAAAAGGAAAUUGGCGACAGAAACAGAGUGGCCAUCCCUGUCGAGAAGGGUGAUGCUGCAUUUACUCAACGCUUCCUUGAAUCCUUCAAGCAACCCGACAACGCGGAAUACAUGGUUGACUCAGACCAUCCUGGCUGGUUAGUCUGGGGAAAGAAGUUUACAGCGUUCCGUGCCAAGCCUCUUCCAUUUGAUGCCUAUGACGAAGUUGAGAGUGCCGUCAGGGAGCAGAUCGGCAAGACUGUGACUCGUGAAUGGUUCUCCAAUUGCUUUGACUACCUCAAACAAGAGCCGCGGGAUUCCUCGACAGACAGGUUUCGCAUGAGCAACGUUUACUUACUCAUGCACGUCUUUGACCUGAUGCACUAUGGCAAGACCGCAGUGACUAUGGGGGAUAUCAAGGAGCUGACCACGGAGGUGUAUGGUGAUGGUAACGACAAGCACCAGCACCGAGCCACGUCAGAGAUCCUGGGUGCCCUGCUUGCAGGCUCCAGUGAUGAUCCCCCAGAGAUCCGCAACCGAGUUUGGGAAUUUGCCGCCCCAUUCUUGCUCAAGAUCUUCGCGGAUGACUUGACUCCUGAGAACUUGCAGUAUUGGUUGACAUGUCUCCAUUUGAUCUUGGACUCGAAGGAUCCUCGCCGGUCGCACGAAAUCGUGGACGUUUUGCGGUCGUUCCGCCUGGACAUGACGUCCAACGCCGCCUUCAAGGAGUCAUCGAAGGUCCAGUUGCUCGAAUUCAUCGUUGCCGACGGUGGCUGGCACUUCCAGCACGAGGCACCGAUUCUCGACGACUUCUUGGCGCAUAUCGAUCACCCGUACAAGGCAGUCCGCGAGGCGAUCGGCCGUGUCUUGUCGGUGAUCUACAAGACUCGGUACCAUGAGUCGUUUGAGAAUGUGAGCACACUUUUAGACGAGAACAAGGCAGACUCAUCCAUUGGCAUUCGGCCUUACCGCCCUACUGAGGAGUUCUCCUCCACCAUCAAGGAAGUGUUUGGUAGGUUAGAAAAGUGGCGCCACGAGCGAACCCCUGGCCAGCAGACCCCUAGUUCGUAUACUUCGGGCUCCAAGACGGUGCUCAUGUGGCUCGACUGCACCUUGUCGUCACAUGAAUGUAUCCAACUUGUGCCUUUCUUCCCAACGCCGUUCAUGGAAGAGCUUUUGCACAUGAUGGACGUCAAGGAGGACCCCGAGCUGAUGAGGCUUGCGUACCACGUAUACCGCCACCUUCCCAACAUUCCGUUCCGAGACGGGGAGGAUGCUCAGUUCAUCGAGGCGCUGGUCCGGAUCGGCAAGACGGCUGCCAGCUGGCAUCAACGCUUGCGGGCGCUGGUCAACAUGCAGGUGAUCUACUUUAGGCGGAUUUUCCUGACCCGGAGUGCCCAGCGAGACCUCCUUUUCAACGCCGUGUCGGACAUGUUGGGCGACUCGCAGCUGGAGGUGCGCUCCUGCGCCUCCACUACACUAGCGGGCAUGAUCCGAUGCUCGCCUCGACGUAUUCGUGACCCGAUGAUUGCACACCUCAAGACUCGUUUCGAGGAUGAGCUGCGGCACAACCCAAUGCCCAAGCGUGGACGCCAGGUCCCUGGCACAGAGACGCCGGUGGAUGUGCACAAGCAAAUCACAAGGAGGCAUGCAGCAGUCCUAGGAUUGGGUGCCUUGAUCGAGGCCUUCCCCUAUGCGACUCCGCCACCGGAGUGGAUGCCCGAGGUGUUGGCAAACCUGGCGAGGAGAGCUGCUGGCGACCCUGGAGUGGUGGGCAAGGCAACCAAGACGAUUCUGAGUGAGUUCAAGAAGACGAGGCAGGACAGCUGGACUGUGGAUCAAAAGUAUUUCACAUCAGAGCAGUUGGAAGACCUGGAGGGUGUAUUGUGGAAAAGCUACUUCGCGUAA